AUGGCACUUGCUCUCAAAUUUCUUACUCUCUCCUCACUUUGUUUUCCUCCAUCGACAACUUCACUCUUCCUUCUACGGUCUAAUUAUUCACAAUCUUUAAAGCUCAAUAACAAACCUUCCUCAAUCUACACCGUCAAUUCCAAGUUCUUUCAUCUCUUUUAUCGUUUCUCCGUUGAUGAUGAAAAUGAUGAUGAAAACUCAAACUCUAGCGUCGAUGAAGCAGUUGCACUUUUCAACAAGAGGGCUUACUAUGAAUGUCAUGAUUCUCUUGAAGCUCUAUGGUACAGCGCCGAAGAACCAACUAGAACUCUCAUUCAUGAUUCUAAAGCAAGAGCCUUACACCUUAAGAAUUUACUUCAAACAACAUCCAAAGGGAACCUUAGUAUAGCAGAUUAUGUUAAAAAAAUGAAGGAGAUUGCUGAAAGUUUAUCAGCCAGUGGGUUAGUUGUUUCUAGCGAAGACUUACUGCAGUAUGUAUUGGAUGGUUUGGGACCCGAAUUUGAUGCAGUUGUGUUGACUUGUACAAUUGCUCAGCCAAUAUAG